AUGGCGGAAGCGCGUAAAAUCAAGUCGCUGAAACUUCAGCUGGAUGCAGUGCAGCAGUCAAUUAAUGCGAUAUUGUCAUUUUCGGAAAGAGCCGCAAAAUCUUCUACAGAGGUGUGCGCACGUAGGGAUAACCUUAAAAAACUGUAUGAACGUUUCAUCACCAUACAGGAUGAGCUAUUAGUACUCGAUGAGGGCAAAGAGAAAGAUCAUUUUGCUGUUCGGCAAACGGUCGAAGAAGCAUAUUACCAGGCUGAAGGUAGACUGUUGAGCUCCAUUGAGAAGGACGAAAAGAAUGUAUUAACCGUCUCAAAAGUGAAGCUACCAGACAUGAAAUUGCCCAGUUUUGACGGCAAUCCAAAGGAUUGGAUGAAUUUUCAUUCAAUAUUUGCCUCAAUGAUACACGGUUCUCCCCACUACUCAGGCACACAGAAGUUGUACUAUCUGCGUACAUCAUUAUCCGGCUCAGCUCUACGGCUCAUUCAAAACAUUCCUAUCUGUGAAAAAAACUACAAUGUCGCAUGGCAGCUACUUUUGAAGCACUACAAUGAGCCGAAGAAGGUCAAACAGUUCCUGUUGGAUGCAUUGUUCGAAAAUGCUGCGCUCAAAAAGGAAUCGUCCAGUGAACUUCGAAAAGUGGUAGAAAACUUUGAAGCCAACGUAAGUGCCUUAAAAGAAUUGGGUGAACCUACCGCUCAAUGGGACACACUGCUCAUCCACAUGCUUAGCAACCAACUGGAUUCGACUACGAAACGAGGUUGGAAGGAAUACGCUGCGGAAAAGGAUGUGGAAACGUACACUGAUCUGGUUGCGUUCAUCUACAGACGUAUUAGUGUGUUGGAAGAAGUGUCAACACCAACAGUGGAAAAACCAACAAAACAUCGUGCCCUCGCCACUCACAUAUCCAACAACAGAGAUUGUGCGUUUUGUUCUCAACACCAUCCACUAUACAUGUGUACUGAGUUUUUUCAGCUUUCCUCACAGGAAAAAGAAAAGUUCGUCACAAAGCACCAACUCUGUCUGAACUGCUUGCGUCCUGGACAUCGAGCUCGAGAAUGCAAAUCAUCUAGCACCUGCAAGAAAUGCCGCAAACGCCAUCACACCCAGCUAUGUCCGUCUUUGCUGCAACAGCACGUUGAUUCACCAACCUUAAGAGAUCCUGAUACUCCGACCACAUCAGCUACGUCGUCGGUCGUCGAGUCGAUCACCUGUACGUCGUCUGGGCUUCAGAAAAUGACUUUGAUGGCCACUGCCACAGUAAUUCUCGUUGACGACGACGGUACAGAACACAUCGCACGAGCGCUGCUAGAUUCGGGAAGUGACACCUGCUUCAUUACUGAAAACUUAGCCCAGCAACUCAAAUCACGCAAGGAGAAAACAAACCUCAAAAUAUCGGGUAUCAGUUCCACGACUACAACAACAAAAUACAGAAUACGAGCGACACUUCGCUCGCGGAUCGGGCGAUACUUCGCCGAUCUUCAACUCUACGUCUUACCGAAGGUCACGGAAAACCUUCCCUUUUCGUCGAUCGACACUUCAGAAUGGAACAUACCGAGCAACAUCUUCCUGGCUGACCCUUAUUUCCAUCGCAGUGAUCGAAUUGACGUCCUCAUCGGAGCAGAAAUCUUUUACGACAUCAUGAAGCCAUCAGGACUUCACCAUGCUUCGACAAGCGUCAAUGAAGUCCAUGAACUCAUGGAACGAUUCUGGGAAAUAGAAGAAGACUCAACGAGCCAUCUGACGAGCGAGCAAUCCGCGUGUGAAGAACACUUUCGGAACACGGUUACUCGUACUUCCUCUGGGCGAUAUGUAGUUAGGCUACCGGUGAAGACAGACAUUCUCGCCAAGUUAGUUGCUAACCGCAAUACAGCUGUCCGUCGGUUUCAUCUGCUACAAACUCGCUUCCAAAAUGAUGAACUACGUGUGGGGUACUGUUCGUUCAUCGACGAGUACAGCAAACUGGGUCACAUGAAACGUAUUUCAGAGAAGGAGUAUGAAGACAAAACAAAACAGUACUACUAUCUUCCGCAUCACGCAGUGACGCGAGUUGAUUCUGCGACGACAAAACUCCGUGUUGUUUUCGACGCAUCGUGCAAAACGGCUAGUGGAGUCUCAUUAAAUGAUGCGUUGAUGGUAGGGCCUACCAUACAAGACGACAUCCGAACCAUCAUCAUGCGUGCACGGACACAUCCAAUCAUGAUAAUUGCUGACAUCAAGAUGAUGUAUCGUCAGAUCCUCGUCGAUGACUGUGAUACAUCUCUGCAACUCAUCGUUUGGAAGUCUUCACCUUCCGAACCGCUUCACACCUACAAACUUUGUACGGUAACCUAUGGCACUGCUAGUGCUCCAUAUCUUGCAACGCGAGUACUCUCGCAACUUGCUGAUGAUGAAGGCAUCGAGUAUCCUAAGGCAGCCCAAGUGCUAAAAAGGGAUUUUUAUGUUGAUGAUUUGGUGACCGGAUCACCCACUGUAGAAGAAGCAACCGAAAUCAUACAACAAUUAUCAACGCUUGUCGAAAAAGGUGGUUUCUCGUUGCGAAAAUGGGCCACAAACAACGAAGAGGUGCGUCAGAGCAUCUCGAAAGAAAGAACGACCCUUCCUCAAGAUGACAUGGAGACAUUGCUUUGUCAAAUUGAAUGUUGUCUCAAUUCACGGCCAUUGGUACCUCUCAGCGACGACCCGUCAGACCUAGAGCCACUCACUCCAGGACACUUCCUUGUUGGUGGCAAUCUGAAGGCGGUUCCUGAUAAAAACUACGAGGAGGUGACAAUGAACCGACUCAAACGCUAUCAUGUCGUGCAGAAACUUCUACAGCAGAUAUGGAAACGAUGGAGCGCUGAAUAUCUAAGCAUCCUGCAGCCUCGUUCGAAAUGGCUCAAGGCACCAGUGAGCAUCGAGAUCGGACAACUUGUGCUGGUGAAGGAUGAAUCUACGAGUCCGUUCCAUUGGCCCAUCGGCAGAAUCAUCAAGCUUCAUCCCGGUGCUGAUGGAGUCACGCGAGUUGUCACAUUGAAAACUGCUUCCGGUAACUAUAUCCGUCCUGUUGUAAAGCUGUGCCUUCUUCCUAUACCAGUGAGUCAGAACGUAGGUUCUGAGGGGCCAGGAUGUUCGCACAAUGCGAAAGAAAUCAACGCGCGUUCCUAA